AUGGCAACGAUAAAAGAUAAAAGACUUGUGAAUGUAUUCUGUCAACGACAUUUAUUAGAAAUAUGCCUCUCACCGAUCAGUCAACCGCCAUAUCAAAAUUUAGCUGAAAAUCUACACCUACGUCGAUCUAUUGCAUUUGUAACCAAUUUAACGCUUCAUCAAAAUUUCAUUGAUACAUGCAGACUGGAUGUUAAACGGAACAGUUUACAAGGCAAACAAUGGAACCAUACAACAGUAAAUCCUGUGAGAGCUGAACAACAUCAGGUACUGUGUAAAACUAUCGACUGGAGACAAGAUCCUACAAGGACUCCAUGUGGUAUAAGUAUUACAGAAUACAUGAGUGGACACUUAUACACUGGUUAUCUUGCUGUUAUCACUAGUCAAGAACACCGCAAUCAAGAGUCUGAUCUGCUAUUUCAAUUCACCUGUAAAACAAACAAUGAUGUACCGCAUCGGGUGCCAGGACAGGUUUUUGAAAGAAAUCUUGACACUGACAAAGAAGAUCUAUUCAAAGAUUCUUCAUGGCCUAAACUUGAUGUCAAACUAUCCAUAAAAGAUGAAAAUGGACAAUCUGUACAAACAAUACUUGAAUCAACCGCUGUGAAAUUUGAAGCUGAAUUAAUCGAUGAAUUGAAUAUCUACAAAGCUGUAAUUGUAGAGGAAUGUUAUAUGAUCGACGAAUUGGAAUCUGGACAGAGGAAUGCAGAUUCAAAAGAAACACUUUUGCUGUAUAAAGGGUGUCCAAUGCUUAAGUCAGAAUCAACAGGCAAAUCAACGAUUAGUUUCAAUUUUCAAACAAAUCACUAUGGUAAUGAACAAGCUUUAAUAUUUAGAUCAACAGAUAAUUUACAUCAUAUACAAACAGGUUUAUUUCGUCUAUAUCCAAAUUAUUCAUCAACAUUAGUGGAUGGAAGAACAAGUAGAACAAGUACUACAGGCAGUAAUUAUACAUUUACACAUGAUAGAACAAUGAAAUUGACAUUUGAACAAAUGAAUUCGAUAGAUGAAACAUUUAAACAAAAAUUAAGCGAAAUUGGACAUAGAUUGCAUGAAUUAAAAUUCACUUGUAUAUUUCGUGUAUGCAAACAAUUGGCAUGGUGUUCAUGGCCAUCUGCUUGUGAUUCAACGUUGACAAGUUUGAACAAUCCUCGAAUAACAUUUUUACCUCCUGGCCUACGUAUAAUACAACGUUCUGUACCUUUGUAUUUAAUUGAAAGUGUGCCAAGCAGUCAUUUGCCAGUGAAAAAACAAGCAAAAUCAAAAGUCUGUGAAGAGCUGUUCUGUUCCAAUACCCUACAUAUUGUAUUAAUGAUGGGUUUAGUCGGUAUACUGACCUGUCUAAUGGGUGUUAUGGGUAUGCUGUUAGCCAGAAAGUAUCGUCAUCGCCUGCAUCAAACACGUAGUACAUUUCUACGAUCUAAAACAAAACUGAAGCAGUCUAAUCAUUCAUCUGCUCCUCCGGCUCCUCCUCCUGGUUCUGGUGCCGCUGGUGCUGGUGCUGGAGGUGGCGGAGCUCCUCACCACCACGGACGUCAUCACCAUCAUGAUCAACAUUGUCUACAAUGCUCUGAAACAAAUACACAAUCGUUAAUCUCAUCAUCGUCAUUAUUAUCGAAAAGUUAUUAUAAUCCAAUCAUCCAAUCGACAAUCACUCAACAUUUACUUCAUUAUAAGCAGCAAACAGAACAACAACAAUCAGAAAAUGGUGCAUUGAAGAGUUUGUUAACAGUUGAUAAUAAUAUUGAUACUAAUAUUAACAGUAGUAGUAAUAAUAGUAGUAAAUAUAAUAAUAAUAAUAGUGAUAUCAGUAAUAUUAAUCCGUCAUGUACCAUUGGUAUGAAAGAUUGUUGUAAAUACUGGUUGAAUGAACAUUCUUACGCUAACCCUUUACUCAUAAAAAACUCUUCUAAUGAUUUAUCCCAAUAUCAUCCACAUGCGUGUCAUCAAUUACAACAUGGACAACAAACACACACAGCUAUACAACCCCAACAACACCACCAACAACAUCAGUUGUCGUCAUCUUCAUCAGGAGCUACACCAAGUCAUUGUUCAUGUCUAAGUGAUAUUGUAUUUAAUGAUAGGACAAAAAAGAAUGCGCAGAAUUCACAUAAUUCACAUAAUUACUAUACAUUUAAACGUUAUACUACGCUACCGACAACCACAUUGACACCAUUGAAUACAACAACAAGUUUUAUGAAAGCAGAUAAUGAAAGCGGACUGAUAAACAAUAGGACGACAACAUUUCUGCUUGAACCGAUGAAUCCGUUAAUUCAUACAAAUGCUAUCACUACUAACAAUAUCAGUGGUAAUUUUCAUGAUACACUGACAACACCCUAUCCAACAACUUUUAUCAAUCAUAAUAAUAAUAGUAGUAAUAAUGAUGAUAACAGUAAGAAUACAAUGUUCUUUUGUCCAGACCAAUUGAGUAAUCGUCACGAUGCGUCUUUAUACCAGCAUCAUAAACAACAACAACAACUAUAUUCUCAGGCGGACCGGUAUGGUGUCCUUGAUUCUGCUGUCGGCGGGAAUGAUGAAAGUCUUAAGAAUGUAAACUUUGUAUAUAAUACUAAUAAUAGUAAUAAUAGUAGUAGUAAUGACAAUAAACCAGAGAUUUCUUUACAGGAAUAUAAAAAACUGACUAGUCCAUCCAAUGAUACAGUUUAUUUUGGUGUAGAUUUUCCUAAUUCUAGUUAUACUAUAAAUCCAUUAGAUUUGACGCUUUGUACAGAUAGUUUACAAAAAUUGCAAGCACAGACACAAUCACAAAUAUUACAACCAAUACUGGGUCAAGCACAACCACAACAAACAACAUCAGCAACAACACCAGCAACAAUACCAACAGUAUGUAGAAGGCUGAACAGUUUAAGGUAG